AUGCCCACCGACCGCAGGACAGCGAGCCACCUUGCUACCAUUAUUUGGGAAUUCAGAGAGGGGCCGAGCCGAAUCGCCCAGCAGGCCGCGGCCAGCAUCUCGUCCGACCCCGACGACACCUUCCAUUCCGACAUCAAUGAAAGGAACCGGCAGGUCAAGACCUUCUUGCCGCCGCAGUUGGCCCGCAACGAGCUCCAUCUCGUCGCCCUCAUCGAGAGUCCGUUGUCGUGUUCCUUUUGUUCGUGUCGCGUGUCGUGCGUGUUGUGUGUCGUGCGUGUUGUCUUCUUUUUUUACCUUCUUCAAGCGGCCUUCUUCUCGCUUCACCAGCUUCGGCACAAACGUUUUUAA